AUGGGCCGGCUCGACCGGAGUGAUACCACGGCUUCACAGAAAACCGGCACCAAGCCCGCCAUAACCUCCAAAAACUGCUGCAACUCCUUUGUACAAGGAUCUACAGUAGACACAACUAUGAAAACACCGGAACUCUCAAGUCCGGCGCGUCCCAGGGACAUGAAGGACUGUCUUGCAACAAAGUUUAAACAUAUUAAAGUAAUCACCACCUCUACCAAACCCUUCGGCAGAUAA